UUUACGUAUUUUCAAAUAAAUUGAACGUGUCAAUUAAAUAAAAAUAAAGCAUUAUGUUUCACAAACAUAAGUAUAUAAUAGAAAAGAAAGAGUCUACAUAGUUAUCUGCUUUUUCUUUAAAUAAAACAGGACAAUAAGAAUCAUAUUGUCAAUCUAACAUUUUUAUAAAUGGGCCCGAACCUAGUCCAUCAUAAUGUGUUGUAUAUUCACAUGCUGUGGUUGGGUGAUUGAUCUGGUACAAAGGUUAUGGACUUUCACCAUGUCGUGCUGCAUCAGCUCGGCCGUUUGCUGCGUCAUAGUUACCGCCUCGCUUUCUGGUGUAGCCUUGGGUUACAAUUACUCGCUAGCUGAAUACAUUGACUUGAAAGAGACAAACGUGUCAGUAUAUUUGAAACGAGGUGUGUUCGACGACGAGGUCGUGGAUGAUAUGGACUGGCGACGAAGUGGACACAUGCCGAUGGCUGGCCACAUUGGAGAAUCUAAUCUCAGAAACGGAGCUCCAGAGGACGAGGAAACUACUUUACGAUCAGGUCGAAGGCUAGACGAUUCAGUCUUUGAGUCGGAUGAACAAAAUAAGUACGAAGGUUCCUUGAUGAAGUUGACUGCGAAGGCUCCUGAUCCAAGCACUAAAGCAGAGGGUUACACAGCAGAUCCAAUGAUGGCAGAGGUACUUUAUGUAUAGUUUUAAAUUAAAGUCGGUAUUUAAAAAUCUAUUGUAUAUACCUUUUAAUGAAGUUUUACGAAAAACCUCAACAGAGUUGAUCUGUCUAAUAUAACUAUAUAUAAGUAUUUUAAAUGUACCAACAUUAUUUUGAUUUCAGGUCAUUGCAGGUAUUAAAAUUAUUUAUAAUCAUACUAUUAAUUCAUUACCACCCGUCUAUCGUCCAUUGCCGAACAUAAUUCUUCCUCAUAUUUCACCACAAAGUUCGACUACCUCCAUCUUAAUCAAUAUCA